ACAUGGAACCAGAGCUGGGACAGAAGCUUCUACACAUUUCCUUUCCCACCGGCUAAAUAAACCCAUACCUUUGAACCUUCAUUGAAACUUCUGGAAACAACCCAACACCGCCAGGUAGCGCCUCUUUUAUACCCUCCCAUCGCCCAUCCCUUAAUCAAUCCACAAACUCAAAAUCAGGGAAACGUAAAACGCUACGGCUUCCUCCAUUGAAGCAAAUCCACAAGCAUCUGACAGCCAUGGCCGAAGACGGAGCCGUUACACUCUACAACAACACGGCCAUCACUGACGCCAAGAAAAACUCCUUCUCAAUCAAAGUGGGCAUGGCCCAAAUGCUCCGCGGUGGCGCCAUUCUCCAAGUCUCAACCCUCAGCCAAGCCAAAAUCGCCGAAGAAGCAGGCGCCUGUUGUUUAGUUCUAACCGAACCCAAUUGCCAAGGCAUUUCGCGCAUGCCGGAUCCUUCUCUCAUCAAACAAAUUAAACGCACUGUUUCAGUCCCUGUCAUGGCUCGUUCCCGCAUCGGCCAUUUUGUCGAAGCCCAAAUACUCGAACGAGUCGGAGUUGAUUACAUUGACGAAAGCGAGGUUUUAGCUAUAGCUGACGAAGAUAAUUUUAUUAACAAGCAUAAUUUUAUAUGCCCUUUUGUUUGCGGCUGCAAAAACCUCGGCGAGGCGUUGAGGAGAGUGAGGGAAGGAGCUGCCAUGAUUAGAACACAAGGGGAUUUGUUAGGCACUGGUAACAUUGCUGAAACUGUUAAGAAUGUCAGGUCUGUGAUGGGUGAAAUUAGGGUUUUAAAUAAUAUGGAUGAAGAUGAAGUUUUCGCGUUUUCCAAGAAAAUUGCUGCCCCUUAUGAUUUGGUUGCUCAAACUAAGCAAAUGGGAAGGCUGCCGGUGGUGCAUUUUGCUGCUGGUGGGAUUCUGACUCCGGCGGAUGCUGCAUUGAUGAUGCAGUUAGGGUGUGAUGGUGUUUUUGUGGGAUCAGAAGUGUUUGAUAACUGUUCUGAUCCGUAUAAGCGUGUUCGGGGGAUUGUAGAGGCUGUUAGGCAUUAUAAUGAUCCUCAUGUUUUGGUCGUGAAUAGUUGUGGAUUAGAGGAGGAGAUGGCAGGGCUUAAUGUUACUGAGGAGAGGAUGGAACAGUUUGGAGAAGGAGGGGCUUGAUCAAGUUAUGUAUCUUGGUCGUUAAGAAUAUGAGUCUGGCUUUUUCUUACGGCUGUUGUUGUUUUAGUUUUGCUAAGGUUGACGAUUAAGAUAUGCUGUAUUUUAUAUGUUCAACUCUUUGAGAAUAUAAAACUGAAAUGAAGUAGAAUAAGUUGGUUAAUCAGUCUAACUGUUUAUGUAAUUAGUACAUUUUUUUGUUCAUUACUUAAUUUUGGAUAAGAUUGAUUCA